AUGUCUUUCCAAAUGUACAAUGGCGCCCUCUCGGCCAAUAUAGACCGAACCCCUCUUACUUUGAAUGAAGCCACUCGCACUCUCUAUGAUCGAGCCAUUGCCGACCCAUCCUCACUGACUGAUGCAGAACGAAGAACCAUUACCCACCGCCCACCGGAAGAGGAAGAAAAUGCUCUUUGCCAAAAGGCCUGUGGACAGAGCAUGUCUGAACUGGUCUCCAGAGCCGUCCAAAACGGAGACUCCCUCUCAUACAAUGAAGCCCACCUACUGACCGCUGGUGUCAUUCCCAAUCAAGCCGGUCGUCUCCUGAGUGAGCAGGCCCGGCUCAGUGCAGCGGACCGGGAUCUCACCCACAGAGCCAUGGAAGCCGCCAUGACAGAGCAGAUGAAAACGGCCCGGGCCAGUGCCCAGGCGGUGCAGAAACGAUGGAACCUGGCCCGCACGGCGGCAUUUGAGUCCCUGAACAGUGAUGAUGUCAGGAAUAUUCAGUAUUCAUUCCGUGUACCGUGGCAGGAGCAUAUUCUAGCCAUCCCGGGGACAACGGCCUGUGGACUGGUGGUGUUUUUCCCGGCUGUGCCAGGGUGGGUGUCGUUCAAGGAGCAGAUUGAAACGGCCAUCUACCACGGGCUGCAUUAUAGCCCGCAACAGAUGAAAGAAGCCGCCCUCGCCCGGUUUACUCUCCACUGGGUGGAGGGUGACCAUGCCGAUGCUUGUCAGGAUCAGUUUGUCUCGAUGCGAGACCGAGGCAAAUUUCCCCCGGGUUUGCGGUCCGACUCCUUUCUCUACGUGGAUCAGGAGGCAUUGCAAUCACACGAUCAUCCGAGACCAUUUGUCUGGUUGUGGGAGCCGGAAGACACCAAGGAACCACCGCUAAAGGUGCAUGUUAAACAUAUUGCCCCGACACUAUUCGCUCGUCUGACCCAGCGGGAUCUAUCCACGGAGGAGGCGAGACGCCGACCGUAUCGACAUACGUCAGAGCUCGCGAUGCUUCAUCAAGCAGCCAGUCACUCUCGAACUGCUACGGGGGAUCCGGAUAUGAUUUGGCCGCCGCCUGCUCGCUACAUGUAA